AUCCGCCAUGUUUACAAUUUCGAGUCCGUGUAUCUAUAAAUGUGUGUGUGUUUUGUUUAAUGUUUUAAAUUUUAAUGUUUAUAAUAAAUUAAUAAUUAUAAUCAUUUAAAAUCAUUGAUACAUUACAGUGCUUUUUGUAAAUAAUAAUAAAUAAAUUUUUGUCAAUUGUUUUUUUAAUAAAACAGACUUAAACAAUGGUACGAGGUGGUCGUGGUGGAUUAUUACGUGGACGAGGUGGACUUGGUCGUGGAAUGGGAUAUCCAAGAAAACCAUUUUUACCUCGUCAUCCAUUUGAUUAUAUACUAUGUGAAAAUGCAUUUCCAUCAGUUAAGCCAGCUCCAGAUGAGUCGGAUUUUACAAUGGCAUUAUUGAAAAAAAAUUCUGAUAUGUGUCCAACACCAAAAGAACAAACUUCAAUUCUUGAUUUGGUUGUUAAAUUACAAAGUGUAUUAGAUAAUUUAAUUGUUGCACCAGGUGCUUUUGAUGCUUGUCAAUUAGAAGAAGUAAGACCAGUAGGAAGUUUUAAAAAAGGAACAAUGAUUAAAGGAAAUAAUAUUGCUGAUAUUGUUGUUAUAUUAAAAACUUUACCAACAAAAACAGCUGUUGAAGCACUUGGAAAUAAAGUAUUUAGUGAUUUAAAAGCUGUUAAUCCAAAAGACAUAUUUAAAUUAACACAAACUGAUCGUGGUUUUAAUAUUGGUAAUGAUGAAGCAACUGUUAAAGUUUUGAUAACAACAUUGAUACAAAAUUUACGUAAACUUGAGUCUGAACAACAUCUUGAUAUUAAAUAUUGUAAUAAUCAUUUGGCUGCAAUAAGACACUCAAGAUGGUUUGAAGAGACUGCUCAUCAUUCAAGUAUUAAAAUUCUCAUACGUUUAUUAAGAGAUUUAAGAUCAAGAUUUGAAGGUUUUGAGCCACUUUCACCAUGGAUGUUGGAUUUAAUUGCACACAAUGCUAUUAUGAAUAAUCCAGGAAGACAAGCUCUUCCAAUAAAUCAAGCUUAUCGACGAGUUCUUCAACUUUUAUCAUCAGGAUUAUUUUUGCCAGGUUCAGCAGGCAUUGCUGACCCAUGUGAACCAGGAAGUAUUCGUGUUCAUACAGCAAUGACACUUGAACAACAAGAUUUAGUUUGUUUAACAGCUCAAACAUUAUUACGUGUUCUUGCUCAUGGUGGUUAUCGUCCACUUCUUGAGGGUGCAAAUAAACUUGCUGUAGAAAUGAGUGUUUGGCCUGGUGGUGUUGUUGCCAGUCCACUUGAUAAAGCCUACGAGCCACCAUCUGAUUUAGAACAACAGCAACAACAACAAGAAGACAUGGAUGAAAGUAAUGAGGAAAUGAUUACUGAUGUUUCACUUGGAUAAUCGUAUCUAUAUUAAUUUUAAUUACUACUACUAUUACUAUUAUUAAAAUUAAAUUUCAAAACAUUUCUAAGAUUUGUAUUGCAUUGGUUCUAUAAGAGCCAUUAUUUCUAAGUCAUCAUUAUCAUCUUGAAAACAAGAAACAAAUUAUGAUUAAAUAAAUUGGUCUAUAUCGUAAA